AUGAAGUCCCUCCUAUUGUCAUGCAUAUAUGCAACCGUGGCCCUUGCAGCAUCAACCAGCCGCAUAAGUCUCUGCAAGGCACUGCACGACAUCGACCCGGCAGCAAUUGGUCCGUCAGAUGACGGAUACGUAGGCUUGAGCACCGAGAAUUGGUCUGCGACCGCCUGGGCCGAACCAUCUUGCAUCGUGCGACCCUCCGACGCAACUAGUCUGUCUAAAGUUGUCGGUCUUCUGGUCGAGAAUGAAAUCCAGUUUGCCAUUCGCUCGGGAGGCCAUAUGCCCUCGCCGUUAGGAGCGAAUAUCAACAACGGAGUGCUGAUUGAUAUGUCCCGGUUUGAUAAUCUGGUGUAUGACGAGAAAGAACAGGUCGUGACCAUCGGCGCCGGGCUACGAUGGAGAGACGUCUACGAGGGGCUAGAGAAAUAUAAUCGGACAGCCGUGGGUGGUCGCGUACUUGAUGUUGGCGUGGGGGGACUCAUUUUGGGAAGUGGACUUUCCUAUCUCUCCGAUCUAUACGGCCUCGCAUGCGAUAACGUUGUCUCGUUCGAGAUAAUCCUCCCCAACGGCACCCUCACCACCGCCACGCACACUCAUCACCCCGACCUCUUCUGGGCUCUGAAAGGCGGCGCCAACAACUUCGGAAUUGUGACCACCUUCACCAUAAACACUUACCCCCUCCCCACCGUCUGGGGCGGAAUCAAGAUCUACACACUCGACCAACUCCCGUCCGUACUAGACGCAUUCCACGAAUACCAAAGCACGCCUAACAAAGACCCCCACGCAAACCUCAUGAUCCAAGCCGCGCCCUUGAACGAAAGUAUCGGCGUGCUAGUGAACAUGGUAUACCUAAAACCAGAGGCGAAUCCGGCCGCGUUCAAACCGUUCGAGAAACUGUCGACGGUGGCGGAUACGACCAAAGUACAGAGUUUCGUCGAGAUGAUGGGUGGUGCGGUUUUGCCUGAUAUUCCGAGAUGGGACUGGCACGCCACCAGCUUCACCCCUUCCCGCACCCUCUACUCCACCAUCUCCUCUCUCCUCGUCAACGCCCCCGAACUAUCCACCCUCUCCGCCCUAAACACAGGAACCCUAACCAUCGGCUUCCAGCCCAUCUCCUCCUCCGUGGUCACCGCGGGACUCGCCCGCGGCGGCAACGCCCUCGGCCUCUCCCCCGUGGACCAAACCUGGCUCGUCCUCGACGUGGGAUGGCAGUUUGCGAAAGACGACAAGACAGCACAUGAGGCGACGGGGUCACUGAGACGGAAAAUUGAAAAGGCGGCGAAGGAGGAGGACGAGUAUGUCGAGUAUAUCUUUAUGAAUGAUGCGAGCUGGGAUCAGGAUGUUAUUGGGCAUUAUGGGGAGGGGAAUGUGAAGCGGUUACAGAGGGUGAUUGGGGAGUAUGAUGGGGAUGGUGUCUGGGGGAGGUUGGUGGGGGGUGGGUUUAAGGUUCCUUCUUAG